AUGCAGAUCCUCACAUGGGCCCUCGCCGCCCUCGCGGCCAUCCCCGCCGUGACUGCGGCCCCCGUCGAGACGGUCGAGGCUUCGUCCAUGGACGAGCUGGUUGAACGCUCACCCAACGUGACCCUCGUGGCCCGCGGCACUCCGUCUUCCACCGGCACCCACAACGGCUUCUACUACUCCCACUGGACCGACAAUGCCGGCGCCGACGUCACCUACAGCAUGGGCGGCGGUGGUCAGUUUUCGUACACGUGGCGCAACAGCGGCAACUUUGUCGGUGGAAAGGGUUGGAACCCGGGCAAUGCUGGCCGCGUCAUCAACUACUCGGGCAGCUACAGCCCCCAGGGCAACUCAUACCUGGCCGUCUACGGCUGGACGCGCAACCCGCUGAUCGAGUACUACGUGGUGGAGAGCUUUGGCAGCUACAACCCGUCGUCGGGCGCCACCAACCGCGGGUCCUUCACCUCGGACGGCAGCACCUACGACAUCCUGGUCAGCACCCGCUACAACCAGCCCUCCAUCGACGGCACCAAGACCUUUCAGCAGUUCUGGUCGGUGCGCCGCAACAAGCGCGCCAGCGGCACCGUCACCUUUGCCAACCACGUCAACGCCUGGCGCAACGCCGGCCUCAACCUCGGCAACCAGUGGAACUACCAGAUCCUGGCCGUCGAGGGCUACCACAGCAGCGGCUCCGCCAGCAUGACUGUCCGCUAA